AAGGCAAUGUAGUGAGCCCUCGUUUCUGCAGUUAAUGGCGAGCUCUACUGAAAUCUCAAAAUGGCUGACUUUAUCCAUCACACUGACAUUCGCUACCGUUUCUACAUCCGCUGCCAUCUCGGUUUAUUUUUGGAGUAAGAGAAGAGCAACAGAUUUGAAGGAUAAGAUUAUAAAGGAGCUUCAGAAUUCGCUCAAUGAAUCAAUGGGAAAGUGUGCUGCUGAGAGGCAAGGUCGAAUUAGAGCUCAGCAGGAUCUAAGAAAAGCAAUGCUCAAACCAAAAACUGACAAGUUGGAGAUGUCUUAUCCCAUGGCACCUAUUGGCAUCAUCCGUUCUUGUUUCUCCACGAGGAAUGGGACGCCAAGGCAACCUCUGAUUGUACCUCUUGCAAGGGCACGGUUGAUGUUUGAUACAGCUCGCGUUCCACCUGCUUCUCUUGAGGGUCUUGAAGAGUAUUCCCACUGCUGGAUCAUAUAUGUUUUUCAUCUUAAUACAGAUCUCGACAAGUUGUGGAAACAUCCAUCAAGGUCGAAGUUGAAGGCAAAGGUAAGAGUACCAAGAAUGAAAGGUGAAAAGAUGGGGCUCUUUGCUACAAGAUCACCACAUCGCCCCUGCCCAAUUGGUCUUACGGUGGCAAAAGUGGAGUCGGUUCAGGGAACUAGCAUCCUACUUUCUGGUGUGGAUUUGGUUGAUGGUACUCCUGUUCUGGAUAUCAAGCCCUAUCUACCUUACUGUGACAGCAUCAAAGGAGCAGUAGUGCCCGAUUGGGUUAAGGUGGACGAUCUGUUGGCCGUCGCUUCUGUUGAUUUCUCUGAUGAUUUCUUUGCAACUUUAACUGGUAUUUGGCCAGCAAUGGACAAGAAGUCACUAUAUACGUCAGCCGAAGAAUUUAAAAGGUUGAUCAAACAGGUGCUUUCAUGGGACAUACGAUCAGUAUCACAACGAUCCCAAGAUGAAGAAGAAGGACCCUCGCAGGUUUCUAGUAAUGAUACAAUAUAUCACCUGAAUUUAGAAGGCCUAGAUGUCACAUACAGAAUUACAUCCAAUGCUAAUGUUCUUGUUGAUGAUGUUACCCUUUCUCCCAACACCAACGUACCACCAUAAUCCCCCCCCCCCUAAAAAAAGUUCGGGUUAUAAUGUUGAUUUUUGCCAAGACCUUACUUAUCUAUCUGUGUGAGAUAUACUGGGUUUGUU